GUGCAGAGCACGAACCGUUUUGGUGAAGCUCGCUUCCAUCCCAUACCAUCGUCUCCUCGGGCCGGUACCAUCUAGACGGCGAUUGACUUCGGCGAUUUUCGGUGGGCUCUGGUUUUGGCCGCAACCGUUCUCGGAAUCAGAAGCGAAAAGUCCGCUCAUUGGCAAGCACGUCCGAUCGACCACCAAACACGCCAUCGUAUCGCGCGCACAACACAAAACCGUACGACACGGGCCAAAGUCCAAAAUUGCAUGUGCAGUUUUUCGGUAGUGUGUGUGUGUGUGUGUGUGUGUGAGUCGGUUAAACGCUUAACAGAAAAGAUUGAAUUAUAAAUUCGAGCAAAACACAAAAAAAAACUCGCGAAACGCAUUCGGUGUGCAACGAAGGAGUGCAUUAUUUAUUGAACGAAAGCGCAACAAAGCAUUUAAAAAUUCUGCAACAAACACAAAACGGUACGAAAACUGUUUGAGAACGCAAAGUGCAAAGUGCAACGAAACAAACAAAAUUAUUAGUGCAUCUUCUAACGCGAUCGUAUGUUCCUCUCGCCGUAGGUGUGUUCGGCAACAGUUGCAUCCCGCUGCAAGUGGAUGAUCACACGGCAAACAUCAGUGGACAGCAGCCGAAGGCGGAAGUUUGUGCAGACGACCUUCCCGGGGGGUCCGGAAAUAAGCACGCGUGGAAGCAGUGGCCUAACGCAUAUGCAGUGAGUGCCAGUGGAACGGUGCAGUACGGUGCAAUGUUUGCGUGGAUGCAAUGAAGAGAGACGAACGGUUAGUGCAAAACGAAGGGAGCGAACAGCAAACGAUAACGAUAAGUUGCGAAUACCUAAAAUUCAUAACGAAACAUUAGUGAUAAAACGAACGUGAGUGAAGUGACGAAAAAUUUGAAAGUGUUUGUGUUGAAAUACCAAAACAACCCGAUCCGUUAAAUAAGGAAACAAGGAAGUAAAACUUUGGCAACGGCUUCCAUGUGCAGUAGUGAUUGAAGAAGAACAGCGAGCGAAUCGUGGUCUAGCGAAGCAGUAGAAAGCGUGCACAAGCGAACGCGAAACACGAAUAUAACGAAGCAGCAGCGCGCCAGAAGAAAAAGGAAGAAAAGGCGUAAAUCUCUGUGCACGGUUCAAGUAAUAGUGGCGUAGAAAGUCGCGCGCGCGUCUCCUAAAAGUCCCACCCAACACCUCCUCCACUUUCCAACCUUCCCCCGCCAAAUCGCACAAAGGGGAAAACCUCACAGCAACAUCUUCACCUCGCACAGCAUUACAUCAACACGCCCCAGAGCAACGGGGGCUAGAACUUCAAGUGGUCGCGAACCCCCGCAAGCAACGAUCCGGAUAAGCGCAUUGUCUCGUCCAGGCAUCUUGAGGUGUGUUCUCGGCUUCACACAAAGUUUCCACACAUUUCUGCAAUAACUUUUUCGGUCCUAGCUGUGCUUGAGGUUAUCAAAAUUUUUCAAACCCACUCCCUUUUACGCACGAAUUCUUGGCCAAGAAUUCAGCGUGUCCCCCCCUACUCGAAAACUCGAUCCCACCGUUCAAACAUCGUUAGGCGAGUGCUUCGCGAGAGUUUAACGAGAUCUCCAUUCCAACUUCGCCGUGUGUGGACGUGCUCGACGAGAAAAUCAAAAGGCAAUCAGGUGUUGUGCCGUUCGGCACGAUCGUGAUGAACGUGAACUUUGGUGUACACGCGUCAUCGUUUGUCUACGAAGCGGUUCUGGAAGUGAAAGUUUAACACUACAGCCAGACAACAACAAAAAAGUCAACCGAAGAGCAAAACUAGUGGAUAGUUUUUGGACGGUAUAGGUCCACCCGCAUCACCGAAGCUCAAGAAUACGUACAGCAAAAACAGACGGCCUUCAACAUGGGUAGCAGCGAAGGACAAACGUACUGUCUGCGAUGGAACAAUCACAAAUCGAACCUGGUCGAGAUACUGGAUGCGUUGAUCAAGAUGGAGUGUUACGUCGACUGCACGAUCUACGUCGACGAUCAGGUGCAGUUUAAGGCGCAUCGUGUUGUGCUGGCCGCCAACUCGCCUUACUUCCAGACGAUCCUGCAGGAUGUCCCGAUGGAUCACUGCAGUAUUUUGUUCCCGGGUGUGCAGGAGUUCGAAAUGCGCGCACUGCUGGAGUACAUGUACACCGGUGAGGUGAACGUGACUCAGGCACAGAUUCCGCGUAUUAUGAAAAUCGCCGAACAGCUGGAAGUGAAGGGCCUUUACGAUAUGGCUGAUUUGAAGGGUCGCUUCAACAAAAUGGUCGACGUGGACCAUUUGAUGCGUGAUCGCGACCCAGCCACUACACUGCUCGCCAGCAACAACAACUACAGUAGCAAAGGGUCCUCGAUUGCUGGAUCAGCAACUGCGACAGCAUCGUCCUCUUCUUGGAAAGACGCUCCACCGACCAGUAGCAGUGGUGGUAUCAGUAGUCAGUUCUCACACCAUCAACAUCAGCACCAGUCAUCGCCGGUCAUCUCGACCUCGACGAACAUAUCGAUUGCUCAGAGCAGCAGUUCCUCCCCGCCGUAUUCGUACAAAUCCCCGUACUCCAGCCUAUACUCACGCAGUCCCGGUGCCGUAGAACGUGAUCGCGAACGUGAAGAACGUAGCCGUGACCGAUCCUCAUCCUUCUCACACUCGGCCACCUCUCCACAUCGCAUCCAGUCAACCUCGGGUUCCUCGGCAUCAUCCGUUGCGACACAGAUUGCACUACAGUCACAAGGCGGCAACCAUCAAUCGUCCACGCACCAGUCGUCCAGCAGUACCUCCAGCGCUACCUCCGCUUCUGCUCAACCAUCGACAGCGGCAGCGGCUGCGGCAUUAGCUGCCGGUUGGCCAGGACUCGGCCAAACACAGCUGCACACCAUGCUCAGUUCUGCGUACGACUCCAGCACCGAUAUGAACCCGCUCAAGCGCAAGAAACUGCAAUCCAUGUCUAGCAUGCUCCGCGACACUCCAAUUCUGCGAAACGUACUGGCUCAGGCAAAUCCUGCCGACUCCUCCCAAUCGACAGGUGGAGGUGUUCCUACUGGUGCAGCAGCAACGGUGGCCACGAUACAAACGAUCCAAGGCAGUAUGAAGUCCGAUCCCGAGCGACCCAGCAGUCAUCACUCUAAUGGCAGUGGUUAUAAGUCAAUCAAGGAACCAUCCCAUUCACCAUACGCGGACAAAUCCUUCGAUGAUGAUCUGCUGGACUCACCCCACAAUUUCGGCGGCGAUGCUCGGUUGGCUUCGUACGUGCCACAUCAACAGCAGAAACCGGAAUGGAAGCGUUACAAGCAGUACACCCGUACGGACAUCCUGAACGCGAUCGAGUGUGUGCGUAAGGGCAUGAGUGCAUUGCAGGCUUCGCGUAAGUUUGGUGUUCCUUCGCGCACGCUUUACGACAAGGUGAAGAAGCUGGGCAUCACCACUGGACGUCCGAUUAACAGGGCACUCAAACGAUCGCCCAGUUCAAGCGGUAGCCCGGCAUCCUUCCCGUACGGGUUAAGCGGUGCGAGUCACAUGUUUGGUCCAGGCAGUGGUGCUCCCGGAAGCUCACAUCCGGGUGAUCACCAUCAGCAAAUGCCUUCUCAGUCACAGCAACAGGACGACGACGCAUCAGCGGCCGCAGCUGCUGCAGCGGCAGCAGCCAUGGCACAUCAUGAAGCCGGUCGUAUGAUCAAACUCGAGCAUGGAAGCCACCAUGGACUGCCACCUACGAUCCCACAUCCUGCAGCGGCACUGCUCGAUCCUUCCUUCCUGCAGCAAGCGCUGGAAGCUCGUGGUGGAGACAUUGCCGGUCGUGAAGCACUACACGCCAUGGCCUUUGCGGCAGCAGCUCAUGCGGCUGUUAAUGGUAUGAGCACGUCUCCGGGCACGCACGGAACUGCUCGAUCACCAAGCCCAAGUGUGCUGAUGAAAUACAUGCGCUCCGUCUCGAUGAGCUCUCCGGAAGACGAUCGUCACCAUCCGGCGCAACAACAGCAACAGCGAGAGCGAGAUCCUGCGGAAGCACACCCCCAUCGGGAUGGCCAUCACCACAACGGAUCAGAUCCUGUCUACGCACGGCGCGAUCAUCCCAUGGAGCAGGACUCGAUCGACGAGACGGGCAGCGAAUGUGGCGAACGACCCCCUAGCGGUCCGGGACCGUUGGAAGGACAGGACGAUCACGUAGAAGAUCUGUCCAUGGGCCACAAGCGUGAUUCAGAGGAACGAGGACCCUCCGUAUCACCGCCUCCUUCGUCCAUUGUUCGCGCAACGCAACGAUCGCGAUCACCCUCACCACAACCGGUACCACCCUCCCUACCACCACCCCAGCAGCAGGGUGUCAUCGUGCCAGCGCCCGGUAAGUUAAAGGAAGACUACAACAUCCCCAUCAAGCGGGAAAUCAUCGCCGACAGUAACGCACCCUCAGAAUCAUCGUAGAGUGGCAGCAUUAUCGCUCGACUGUUGCCUCGAUCAAUGCAUCGGGCACACUCAACAACGCUCGUACUACUACUAUUACUAUUACCAUUGCGAAGCAUAGACAAAUUCGAGAAACGGGUAACUAAGUUCACUGAGUUUUUUUAGCCUUUAUCCACUGAGGAGUAUAUUAAGAUUAGUUGACAGACAUUUGUUGAUCCCACCAACGGUUGUUAUCUACCAACGUCGAAGGCUAGAUUCAGCAUCGAAUCACAAUCCUCUAUUCCUUUAUAUUCACCCUUCCAUGGUGUCAUGGUUGUAGUUGACGACCCCCACCGGAAGUUAAGCACGGUCCUAAAUGUAUCUUCUCGCAAGAAGAACGCGCGCGUUGCAACAUAAGUUACCUUAAUGACGUCAUCGAACCGAUCCCACCAAUUUAUUUAAAAUGCCUAGCGCACCACCAGCAAUUGUAGAAGUAUUUAGCUAUUUGUUGCAUCUUUUUGUUUCUUUUUUUUUAAUAUUUUUAACUAAUCUUAACAAAGUUAACCACACACCAACAGAUGAUAGACAGCUCAUUUUGAGGGAGCAUAGAACAAUUAGCAUUAUAGCUUAACGGUAAUAGCAAUCCGCUAGCAGUAACAGAAUCUCUAUCUCUCUCCCUUCGUAAGCAUUCUCUUCGUCGGCUAAACUAAAUCGUGAGCCUAAUAGACUGAAACGAGUACUCACCAACAAUCAUUCACCCACCCACCAAAAAAACACGCCCAGACAAAUGGCUCGCGCAAUCAGCGAGAAUCCCCCGCAAAGAUAAAGAUGCGUCUGUAUGUAUGUCGUAAGUGUGCGUUUUUCUGCAAACGCUUUUACCCACAACGGAAGUGCAAUAGAAGGAAGCAUCCCGAAGGACGCUAUCCAAGACUUCCCUUUUCCUUUCUUUGUUACUGUUAGGUUUGACCAUCUUAGAUGAAUUGUUUCUUUUGACUAUUUGACCUAAGUAAACGCCUCCAGGGAAAGCCGUCUCUACACACUAGUAGUUUAACAUUAACGUUAGCUCCCUAAUUCAUUCUCUCACCCCUUUUUAAUGGUCCUUUUCGAAAACAAAAAGAUUGUAAACCUAUCAGGCUCCAAAGUCUGUACACCAUCGUUUCUUAAACUUGGUAGUCAUCUUCGAAAGCGUUUUCACAGUUAUGAACAAAUCAUUGGGGAUAGUGUAGCAUAAUGCUAGAACCCCACACAUUUGACUAUGCAGCAUCAUGCAACGAGGUUGUAUUUCUGAAAGCUCUGCUCGAAAACGCCACAAAAAUUUAAGACUUUAAUAACUAAAAUGCAUCUUUUCCUUAUCUAAACAAAAAAAAACUAGGAACGAUUAGAAAAUUAGCGCAGAACGGUUAGGUAUCACCGAACCAUGUACUAUUAGUUCUAAUGUGUCUAGUGCUUAGUCCCUGCUCUACACACCUUUUCCCUUUAGGUUUAGACGACCAUCUCCCAACAUUGGCGAGAAUGGUUCGAAUGUGUGUGUUGCCUUUUCGUCACUAACUGAUUAGCCGGUAAUGAUUAAUGUUAACGACGCCACAUACACCCAAGACAAUGUACGCGGUUGUGCGGUUCUUUUGCGAGAAGAGUGAACCACAGCCCCAGCAUGAUUCUACCAUCGAGUGCCUAUAAUGUAUGAUGAUUCCUAUAAGCUAGUGCGAGUGUGAUGUGAGUUGAGCUAAAACACGGUUCCUGCAUUUUAUUCUUAUGUUGUUUCGUGUCUCUGUUCUGAGGGCACAAUAUGCGUACAAACAUAAAUAUGCAUAUUAACAUUUUUUUUCUGAAAUGAACCUAGUUAGGCUGUACUAUUGUUUAUAUUGUUUAAGUGGAAAUGUUCUUCAUCAAAUAGUUUCCUAUUAGUUAGUUACCACCGGCACAGCCAACAACCAAUGAGCUGUUACGAGGUCGCAAGUCGGUGCAUUAGGUCCCUAAAGGGUAUUACGAUUUGGUAAGAUAAGGACUCUCUUUUGCUCUUCUUUAACUGAAGCCAUAUCUUACCGGAUGGGAUGCGAAACGUGUUGAACAAAAACAAAAAGCAAAUCAAACUAUUUAGCAGAUAAUAGCAGUAGCAGCAAGCAAAAAGAUGAUGUGUAUCAUACACGGAACAAUGUUGGUUGUCUCAUCGUGGAGAUGUGUUAGUUGAUUGUAAAACUAGAAUAAUGUAGCAGUAGCAGUAGUAAAAUGCUUGAUGUUAACCUAGCGCAUCGAGUUGACAAUUAAUAAGAAAAACCAAGGAGCGAGCAAAAAAAAAUGGGAAAAAUUGAAACGAUAAAAAACAAUGCCAUAUAAAUAUACACAACUACUAAGUUUAAUGCCUACUACUAAUGCAUACUACUAAGCUCUUAAAAGGUACGACACGAAAUAAAAUCAAACGAAACUACUAGGCAAAUGGGCAAGACGUGCGGUGGUAAGGGAUAGGAAAAAAAAACUUUAUGCUAGGAACUAUUUUAAUGGUACCAUUUCGUAAGGAUAAUUAUUGAAAAGACUGAUUAAGAUCCUGUUUGUUUGUUAGUAGACAUGGGCUUUAACCACGCGAGCGAAAGAGUGCGAAGAGGGUCUUAAGACAACAGGAGUGCACGGUGUGUUUGGUAGUAGAGUCCCCUUAUCCCCGUCCCUUCCGAAGUUACCGGUGUUCGAUCUGUUAGACCCGGGGUUCGCCUAACACCAGUCUACGCAGAUCGUCCAUCAUCCCGUUACGUUGCGCGCAAAUACGGAAAGACUGAGUUUAAUAUUUACCGAUCAUUCGGUCACGUCACGAAACGGAAAAACGGUCCACCAGGCCCCACCUUCCCGGGGUUCCAUCCAGGCCAAGCAAACCGAGUGACUACAACACCGUAGCAUGUAUUUAUUUUGUUUAGGUUUUGUUUAAUUCUUUUCUUUUUUUUCUCUCUCUCUCUCUGUUGUAAGUAAUUACUUGCCCAUUAAUAGUUUUCUGUUUUAUUGCGGUUGGGCUGUAUCCGUAGAGCCCCUCCACCCAAUAUUUAUGUGCGGUGGUUCCAAGGGGGGAUUAUUGAGAGGAAGUUGUAACGGAUGCUACUAUGUUUUGAAUGUAUUUGAAUGCGUGAAUGAAUGUAUUUGUACGUGUGCGUGUACCCUUCUGAAAUGUCCGUUGUUUAAUUCUCAAGUUAAUGUGCUGGGGCGAUGCAAUAUCAUCAUUGUAGUAAGCUGGAACGCGUCGCGAACCACAAGGACAUCCUCCAGUAUUGCUAGGCCACUAUUCGUCUCGCAGAGUUGUACAGUAUGUAGUUUUUAAGGUGCCCCCGCAAGCCCUCGAAAGCCUUGUAUAAUCCCAAAUUAAGUUUGUGAAAUAGUCAUUGAAUUAUUAUAAGAAGCAAGUAAGCAGAUCCUAGGCGCAAACGGUUGAUGUCGUUCAGGAAGUACCGAACACCUCGUUAGUAAAAUGUUACGCAAAGGAUGUAUGUCACGAUUCACGGUUUCGUGUUGCGAGAACUCUUACUAUUAGAUCUGUCUGAUAUGUGCGGUACGAUACAGGGUUUCGGUAUCGGCCCCAUAACUAUGGACGUUGUUUUUAGUUGGUGCAAACGUAACGCAAUUGUGUACACGAGCAAAGAAAGCACGGAGAAAUCGAAACAGCAUGAUAAGUAUGCAGGAUGUUAGAGGGUGAAGUGUUGGGAUGGAUGGUGCAGCACGUUCAUGGAAUGUUGCACAAUCAACCACAAUUAAAUCGAUAUCAGCAUUUAAAAAUACAAAACCAUAUGAGCAUGAACAUAAAUAAAAACUUUGUAGAAACAUUAAA